AUGAUACUUCGAUGGUGUGCUGUAAUCGCUCUGCUUGUCCUUAUGGCAACGACGACUCGAGCUGACAAUCAGGAGGACAAUCGCCCUGACAUCACCGACCAGACGACGCUGCUGGACAGCGUUGGGAUGCGAGCCGUGUUCCGGUUUCUACGCACGUGGAUGUUCAAUAUCGUGGGUCGAACGGGACAGCGUACGAACGGAGCCUUCAUGCAGGACAGGAUUCCUCCCGAAGUGCCAUUUCCUUGCAACGUGUCGUUGGGCAGGAGCCCAAAGGUGCCAACGAGCGUUCACAAGUUGAGACCAGGCGACAUAAACGUCAUCGCCGCGAUGGGCGAUUCGCUGACGGCCGCAACUGGGGCAGCCGCGUCUGGCUUCGUCGAUCUGUACCAGGAAAACCGUGGCCUUGCGUGGAGCAUCGGUGGCCAAUGGGACUGGCGCAACGUCACCACUCUGCCGAACAUACUGAAGGUGUUCAAUCCGCAGCUCGUUGGUUACUCGUACGGAGACGCGUACCCGUUUCACCGGGACUCGCAAUUCAACAUGGCCGAGAUCGGUGCCGUUUCGUACGACAUCCCGUACAUGGCGCGUGCAAUGGUACAGCGCAUACGGCGUGAUCCUCGCGUCGACUGGAAACGCGACUGGAAGCUGGUAACGAUCGCGAUCGGUGGCAACGACAUCUGUACGUUCGUCUGUACGAUGCGCUUCCCAGAGCAGCUCCCGAGCAAGCACCGGUUGCGGUUACAGCGAACAUUGCGCUACCUACGAGACAACAUGCCGCGCACCUUCGUCAACCUGGUGUCGGUACCGAGCGUGGCGAAGGUGGUGAUGUUGAGCCGGAAACCGUUCGCGUGCCAGUCACUCCACCAUGGUGAGUGCUCCUGUUGGGUCGGGCAGUUGUACAACCAAAGUGACGCGUCGCGGGAUCGGUGGGCAAGGAUUCAGGAUCAGUACACGCGGGUCGAGAAGGAGAUCGCCGAAUCACAGGAGUUCCGCGGAUUGGAUGAGUUCGCCGUUGUCUAUCAGCCCUGGUCACUGAACGUUUCGAUGAAAAUGAACGGGAAGGAUAUCGACUACUCACUACUCUCAUACGAUUGCUUUCACAUGAGCCAGAAAGGAAAUGCCUUCGCUGGUACCGCGCUGUGGAACAACAUGCUCGAGCCCGUCGGCAAAAAGUCGCCCAACUGGCGGCCCCUGUUCAAGAACUUCAAGUGCCCAACCAAAGAGUCGCCGUAUCUGGCCACGUACGAUAACAGCGGCCAUAGCUAA